AUGAACGCUUCGAGCUCUUAUCGAUAUACUUUACUUCCUGAUUCAACUAUAUCAGCUGAACAGUUCGUUAGUGAUACUCUUCAAAAACAGCAGCUUAUAAUGAGGGAUCAAGAUAAAGAUCUCGAGAAGGUGGGCAAUUCAGUUCAUACGUUAAAGAACAUUAGUUAUCAAAUUGGGCGAGAAUUGGAGGAACAAGCCAUUGUUCUUGACGAAUUGGGAACAGAAAUGGAUCGGGCGGGAACAAAAAUUGAUGGAGUCAUGAAAAAAAUAGCUCGUAUAACAAAUUUGAAUGAUGAUAAAAGGCAGUGGACAGCAAUCUUUAUUCUUUCUGUUAUACUGUUUUUUAUAAUAAUUUUAUUUAUUAUUUUGUAG